AUGAGGUUAAUAGGUAACACAGGUGGAUGGUCUCUUAUCUUCCUGGCUGCUGUUAUUCCAGGUGUCCACCUCCAGAAAGGCGACAGCUCCAUCCAGCCUGCCUCAGACUCUGGGCUGCCCUCUGAGGCUCACAUCUACCAGCCGGUGUUUCAGCCCUCUGAGGCCUUUCCUCCAAAAGGGACCUACAUGCUGAAAAACCAUGAUGGGAAAACCUGCAUUAAAGCCACCAUGGGAGCAGAGUACAUUGUCAUCGAAAAGAAGAAGACGUGGUAUUUCAACCUGGAUCCCUCCAGGGUCAGGAUCAGCGGUAACUGUGGCAAAGAAGCUGUUGAUCUCUCACUCACGCUGCCAGACCAUGCUGCCAGUCUGCAGUUCACCUUCACAAAGGAAAAUAAUUUUUCCUACGUCUCCAAGCUGACUGCUCAGGUGUCUCCUCUGCCUGUCUGUCCAGGAUGUGCCAAUAAGACCUACUCGGGUUCGUCGGCCCAUGACAAGCUCUUCACUGCAGCUAUUGGACAGAGCUUCAAGUGCAAAUCUGAGAAUCUGAUUUUGAUGUCGUCGGAGCUGAAGAUCAAGUUGGUUCCUCUGCAGAUACAGGCCUUCACUCUGCCAGAAGGACAGUAUGGAGAAGAGGUGGAGUGUUGGGCCGACUUUAACAAACAAGUUAUUCCCAUCAUUGUCGGGGCCAUAGUGGCGGGUUUCCUUCUGACCCCUGUCCUGAUCUUCCUGUUCAUCAAAGACCGUCGCAGAGAAGGAUACGACAGGCUGUGAGCUUGUUGUGAAACUGGACAGAGAUUUACGUCACCUCAAAUAAUAUUUCAUUCUCGGUUACUGUUAUAUAAAGUUCUCAAAAUUGCUCCUUGAAUUCUUCUAGUAAUAAGAAAGA